CCUUCUCUUUCAUAUUACUCGACCUCUCUGUUUUCUGUUUAUUACUGUCUCAGUUUCGUCUAUUUCCUUUAUGGCUUCUCUCACUUCUCCAUGGCUUCUGGGUUUGGCUACUCUCGUUUUAGCCUCCCUCCUUCUCCGCCUUCUCAAGCUCUUCCGCCGUCCUUCUCUCCCUCUUCCUCCUGGGCCCACCCCCUGGCCUCUCGUCGGAAACUUGCCCCACUUGGGCCCCGUGCCCCACCAUGCUUUGGCCCAUCUGGCCCGCACUUACGGUCCUCUCAUGCACCUUCGGCUCGGCUUCGUCGACGUCGUGGUGGUCGCUUCCGCUUCUGUCGCCGAGCAGAUCCUCAAGGUUCACGACGCCAACUUCUCCAGCCGGCCGCCCAAUGCCGGAGCCAAGUACAUGGCCUAUAACUAUCAAGACCUUGUCUUCGCUCCCUAUGGCCCACGGUGGCGCAAGCUCCGCAAAAUCUCCGCCGUUCAUCUGUUCUCCGGCAAGGCAUUGGAUGAUUUGAGAUAUCUCCGACAGGAAGAGGUUGGAAGAUUAACGCGUAAUCUGGCGAGUGCCGGCUCACGAGUGGUGAACUUGGGACAAUUGUUGAAUGUGUGCACCACCAACGCACUGGGGCGGGCAGUAUUAGGACGGCGCGUCUUCAACGACGGUGCAGCGGGGUGUGAUCCUCGGGCGGACGAGUUCAAGUCCAUGGUGGUGGAGAUGAUGGUGCUGGCCGGAGUUUUCAACAUCGGCGACUUCAUCCCGGCGUUGGAAUGGCUUGACCUUCAAGGAGUUCAGCUCAAGAUGAAGAAACUGCACAAAAGGUUCGACGCCUUCUUGACCAACAUCAUCGAAGAACACAAUGUUUCCAAGAGUGAGCACCGCAAGGACUUGUUGAGUGCCUUGCUGUCUCUCAAGGAGGUUCAAGAUGAUGAAGGAACCAGGCUCACUGACGUCGAGAUCAAAGCAUUGCUUUUGAACAUGUUUGCGGCGGGGACUGACACGUCAUCGAGCACCACAGAGUGGGCCAUGGCGGAGAUGAUCCGAAACCCAACCGUGCUGGCCCGAGUCCAGCAGGAAUUGGACUCCGUAGUGGGCCAUCACAGAGUGGUGAAUGAAUUGGACCUGCCCAACCUGCCAUACCUGCAGGCCUUUAUAAAGGAAACAUUCCGUCUUCAUCCAUCCACCCCUCUCUCCCUCCCAAGAGUCGCGGCUGAGAGCUGUGAGAUCUUCGGGUACCAUAUCCCCAAAGGUGCCACUCUCCUGCUUAAUGUUUGGGCCAUAGCCCGUGACCCCAAAGAAUGGUCCGACCCGUUGGAGUUCAUGCCCGAAAGGUUCUUGCCUGGCGGGGAGAAGGCUGGUGUGGAUGUUAGGGGCAACGACUUUGAGGUGAUCCCAUUUGGAGCUGGACGGAGGAUAUGUGCAGGCAUGAAUCUUGGGCUUCGAGUGGUCCAGCUUCUGACUGCCACCCUAGCCCAUUCAUUUGACUGGGAGCUUGCAGAUGGGCUCAGCCCACAAAAGCUGAAUAUGGAAGAGGCUUACGGGCUUACCCUCCAGCGGAAGGUCCCUUUGAUGGUUCAACCAAAGCCCCGACUUGCGCCACACCUAUACUCUCAAUCCACCUAGAGAUGACUCGUUACCCGGUUUCGGAAACUAACAAAUUUGUAUGGGGACAUGUUUUUCUGUUGCUUGUAUUUCCCUAAUCGCUUGUUAAAAUUUGUUGUAUGAUUUGAAUAAAUUCUUUUUCAUUUGCCAAUGGCACUUGGGCACUAGAGAAGAGAAGCCCAAAGGUCGUGAUGUAAUAUUCUUUCUCCAAUUUAUUCAUAAUUUAGGUGAAUGUCUUCGUUGUA